UAAGUAUCCCAUUCUCAUAGAGAUAGAGAUGAUGGGGAGCUCCCAUUUAUUCAGGAACCGUCUUCUAGAUUUUGCUCUUUACGGGGCUCUUCUUAUGGUCGCCUUGUUUUACGUCUUCGUCUCCAACAAACCCUGUUUCUUCUCUCCCAAAUCCCAAUGCCUCUUCAACUUUAUGAGCACGGAGGUAUACGAGGAGGACGAACUCGAGAGAGUAUUGGCGGAGACGGCCACGGAGAACAGGACGGUGAUCAUCGCCGUCGUGAACGAAGCUUACGUGGAAGGUGACAAGGCAAUGCUCGACCUGUUCAUGGACGCCUUCUGGCUGGGAGAAGGGACGCAGGGCUUGAGGGAUCAUCUUCUGGUGGUGGCCGCCGAUCAGACAUCGUACGACCGCUGCAAGUUCCUCCGGCUGCACUGCUACAGACUGGAGAACUUCGCCGGCGAGGAUCUCGCCGGGGAGAAGCUGUACAUGUCGGCGGGCUUCAUCGACAUGAUGUGGAGGAGAACGCUGUUUCUCGGCGACGUUCUCAGGCGUGGCUACAACUUCAUCUUCACGGAUACAGAUGUAAUGUGGUUUAGAAACCCAUUUACAAGAUUCUCUCUAGAUGAAACCAUAGACAUGCAAAUCAGCUGCGACCAUUUCAAUGGCGAUGAAUGGUCCACAAGGAAUCCCAUCAACACUGGCCUGUACAUGAUCAGAUCCAACAACAAGACCAUUGCCCUUUUCGACACUUGGUAUUCCAUGAAAGCCAACUCCACUGGGCUUAAAGAGCAAGAUGUUUUGGCAAAGCUCUUUCACAGCGGCGUGGUUGGAGACUUAAGGAUUAGGGUUCGAUUUCUUGACACUUGCUUUUUCAGUGGGUUUUGCCAGAAUAGUAGAGAUGUCAAAGCUGUGGUGACUGUCCAUGCCAACUGUUGUAGAAGUAUAAGUGCAAAGUUGGUUGAUCUAACGGCCACUAUUCAUGAUUGGAAGAGAUCGAAGAAUUUGUCGUCUAAUCAGACAACCACCUUUCAGUGGUCAAGUCAUACUGCAUGUAUCAAGUCUUGGAGAUAUUAAAGAUUUUAAGAUUUUUGAGAGGCGGAGAUACUUUCUAAUUGGAUAUGUAUGAUAUAAUUAAGUAGAUGUAAGGAACAAGGUCAGACAUAUUUUUUUCUUAAAGUUGCGUAUGAAUAAGUGAAUUUAAGGUGGAGACAUGAUCCCCAA